UGUUCCCUCAUUCUCAGGCAUUUGCAUUCAAAAACAUAAAUCACUCAAUUAUGUCAACAAAAAUAAGGAAUAUAGCAACAGUUCGGGAUUAUAGUGAAUUGUGAGUUUAGGGCAAUCCGCGUGGAUAAAGCGAUGGGAAAGAGUCUGGAAUAUGGGGGAAUCUAUGGAGAAAAAAACCCCUGCAUAGUUGAAGGGAGAAACGUUUGGACAAACUUUUGCCCUUUUUCGUCGUGCUUGGAUGCGAUUCGAGAGGACAUAUUGUAAGGUCAGAAUGCAGAAUAGUUAUCUAUUUCUUUCACUUUGUUUACUCCAUAAUUCACUCUCCUUUUAGUGUGAACGAUUUGGCCUCUUUUCAGUGGAGUAGAGAGAAAAAUCCUUGCCAGCAAGUUGUGGUUAAAAAGUAGACUAUUGUACUUGUUUGAAAGGGGGUGAAAACCUGGGGCACUGCAAAAAUAACAAGUACUGUAUCAAUGAAUUAGCAAAAGGAGAUAAACGAACAAAAUAAAGACGUGCACCAUGGCAGAAAAGGAGAAGGUGUAUCGCAGUGUCUCUUUCAACAAGUUAGGUUGUAGCGCGAACAAAAGUUGCUGUGAAGAACAACUAAACAAAACAACGAUUUUGGAGGGUAGUAGCAGCGCCCUUCCCCCUCCGUCUACAGCAGCGGCGGAGAAAGCGCAGCCCUCGGCUAUGCGUAAUGUUAGUGUGUCAAGGAAAGUUUCCAAAAUCUCCGCUGCAAGCCUCCCAACCUCAGAGCUAAAGAAAGCCUCUUCCACUCCUCUCUCCUCCAUUUCUCCCUCUAUUCGCCAACUCACUGAGAAGUUCAGUAGCACUAAUUCGUCUCGAACGCAUGGAGCUCCGAGCCCUGGCAGUAACGUUGCCGGGAAAAGCACAACUUUACCCAGGGUUAAAAGCAGCAGGGGAGAAGGGUCCCCAUCUCGGAAAUCAUUCCAUGAGGACAGUGGAUAUUUACAAGUUACUGACACGGUUUUAACAGUGUCUCCGGAUGACACUAAAGUUCACGAACAGAAGUGUUAUUCAGGCACAGACUCGGUCUCUGGAUCGGAUUCGGAGAGAAAUCAAAAAUGGAUGUAUACUCGCAAAUGUUCUCAAGGCAGCGUUGGGGCUGGUAAAAUAGAUAAUUCCCAAAUUGAUCCGUCUGUCUCUUAUAACAAUAACUGCAGUAAGACUUCGAACACUGAGGAUUACGUUUUUGUCAGUGGGGUGCGUGCCUGCAAGUCACACAGGAGCUAUUUCCCAAGUCACCAUGGAGAUUCUCCUGUUCACGUUGACCUAACCUACUGGCCCAGUGUCACCAAGAUCAGAGAGCUUUUUGAUGCAGAGGAUUUAAAAUCUGCUGACCACCUCCAGCACUCCGCCAGCUCUAAAGACAACUCUUUAGCAGACAUAAGCGACAGGCAGUCUCCCAACAGCCCAGCCCCCGAAGCCACUAGCCUCUCACUGCCAGACAGACACCUCAGCAGGGCUGCGUCCCUGGGCAGAGAGAGGAGACACCAGGGCAUGGACUCAGCCUUUCGCCCUGACCAGCACUACUCAGACGAGGCAGAGAUUGAGCCAGCCAGCACUAUUAUUAGUAGAAGUGGUAGGUUUUUUAGCGUGGCCCAGGCAUCAAACACGCACAGAGCCCACAGCCCCAGCAGUGGAGGAGAGGGGCCUGAGACCUGGACUUCUAGUCUGAACUCUGACCCUCCACCCUCUGACCUCGCCGCUGCACCCGCUCCCCCACCUCGGAGCAACUCCGUGGGCCUCUCCUCCUCCCGUGCCCGCCCCGCUGGAGAGCAGAGGCAGAGCCAGGGGGCCGGGCAGCCCAGGGACAGUUUACAUUCCUCACAUAGCUCCUCCAGACCGGUGGCCCCCUCCUCUGAUAGAGCUUCAGCCAGGGCAGCCAUCACAGCCCGCUGGAGGUUCAGCUCAGGAGACGAAGAAGAGGAGUACCACCGAGCAGGAGGAAGGAGCGCUCGCUCGUUAGGUGUCAGCAGAGGUUACCUCUCCCGCGGUAAGAAUGGCUGGUGGGGUGGUAAGGUCCUUGGCAGGUCUUCAGGCAGUGAGGAGGACAACCCUGCUUCACUAGGACCCAGCCGAGACACUGUGAGACGCCGCUCACUUAGAAAAAAGAAGAACAGCGAGGUUGCCGUAGCAACGGGGAGAGACGAUGGCGAAUCAGACGACAGUGACGACGAGCAGAUGGGUAUGAUGGAACACCUUGAGAGACACCAACAGAACAUCACCCCAGAACAGACUGGGAGCUCCCGGAACCGGCUCAGAGAACCCAAAGCCUCUAGCACCUGUGCAGCACAGUGGGGACGCAAUUCCACUCCUAACCAGAUGGGCGCUCAGGGGAGCUACAGACGUAAAUACACAUCAGGCGGGGCGGGGACAUCUCGCAUGACCACACCCCUCCCAGGGGUGUCGCGGGUGUCAAAGGUCAACAUCUCGUCAUUUAUUUCGAGUCCCGGCGGCUCACAGAGCCGCAGUAGAUACUGUAGCACCGAGACACUGAAAGAAGAGGACCAAGCUAGCUAUGCUAACAGAAAGGUGAACUGUAAUGCUACUACCCCAGGCAGUGUGGUUGGUGCAUCCUCCUCCAUGCUCAGUAAGACCUACCACGGUAACUUCACCAUGUACCGCUCCCCCAGCUUCGGACACGGGGAUAACUUUUCCCACGCCCCUGUUAAAGGCCAACCCCGCAUUCUUCCCCCUGUCAAUCCCCCAUCCCCAGCCACAGGGGACACUGGAGGGGUUGCUAGGGAGGAGACUACAGUGUUCCGUCGGUUGCUAAGUGGUGGCGUAGUCGGUGAUAAGGACAAGAACAGGAUGUCAAUGUCAAACCCGGACAUCGCCUCGGAAACAAUGUCCCUCCUCAGCUUCCUGAAAAGUGACCUAUCAGAUCUCAGAGUUCGAAAGACGGACAGGUCAGGGGUUACUGAGGGGUCAUCUACGGUGUACAGGAUGGGGUCAAGAGGCCUCUACCCAGGACUCCGCCCUUCAUUAAAGGACCUCACUGCAACUCUCAGACGUGCCAAAUCCUUCACUUACUCUGAUAAACCAGUAGGGAGGCAACAUCCAGCCGAGUCCUCGGCCAAAAGAAGCUCUUCUGAGCAACGUCUGGAUCAAGACGAAGAGAGGGAUGGAGGGAGGGGGGCGGUGCCCGACAGAGAGGUGGAGAGUGAUGGAGGAGACUGCAGAGCAGGGGGUUAUGGGUAUGAGGAUGUGAUGCCCACUCCGCUGCAGGACCGGUAUGUCCAGGAGGCCAGGCAGGUAAUCAGAGAUAUCUGCCAGAUGAGCGCUCGCAAGGAUGUUGACGAUGAUGAUGAUGUGCUAGCGACAGAUGGCACUGAAGACGAGGGUUUCAAAAGAAAACAAGUGGAGGAGCAGGAGAUAAAAGAUAGCGAGGGAGGUGAAUUAAAAGAGGAGAGGAGAACUAGAGAGGCUGAGGUUGCCGUUUCAGGGGAAAAAGAGAGGAGGGAGGGGAGCGCUAGAGAGGCUGAGGUUGACAUUGGGGCAGCCUCCGUUUCAGGGGAACAAGAGAAGAGGGAGGGGGAAUGUGAAAACAGGGAAAAAGAGAAGUGCCAACAGAAGGGAGAUUCUGAGGAGAACGUGUUUUAUGACCGUUCUGUUGAUGAGCUAUCGGGUCACGAGUCGAGCCUCACAGACGAGGGCAUAGUCACAGAACCAGAGACUGGACCUGGUGACCCUGAGAGGUUAUUUGUCAGGUCAAGUUUAGGAUCAUCGUUGGCCAGAGAUGUGCUGGGUCAACCCCUGACCAUCUGGAAGCAGUCUGCUCUGCAUGAGGAGGAAUGGCCAGGGUUAAACGAGGGGAUGAGAGGGGGUUUAGGGUUAAACGAGGGGAUGAGAGGGGGUUUAGGGUUAAACGAGGGGAUGAGAGGGGGUUUAGGGUUACACGAGGGGAUGAGAGGGGGUUUAGGGUUAAACGAGGGGAUGAGAGGGGGUUUAGGGCUACACGCAGGAGCGAGAGAGAAACGAGAGGACCCUGACUCAGUUCCUGCCCUUGGGGUUGAGAGUGAGAGCAUUGCUGUAGUAACAGAGAUGAUCGGUGUCAAUAACAACAACAGUACUAGCGGGAGGGCCAAUGUAUCCCAGAGUGCCUCAGGACUUGAGGCUCCUCCCACUCCGAGCGCUAUCCGCCGCCGCCGUAAGUUCUCCUCAACCGGGAAUACGGGCUCUGACUCCAGUAACGGCAGCAACGGGGAGUCCAACGGGAACGGAGAUCCUACUGUUUACCGUUCGCUAAGCGACCCCAUGCCUCACCGGUGCCACUCUGUGUCAGAAGAAGGGAAUAACAGUUUCUCUGUGGAUAGUAACCUGCUGGGGUCGCUCUCUCUCUCCUCCAAGGGGGCAGGAGGAGUCAGAGGUGGAAGUGUCCCAGAGUCGUCCUCUGCAGCUGAUCUAUCAGAGUGUACGGGCAGCGCGGCCAGCGACCUAUCGCUGUGCAGUGAUGGUGGUCUCCGUGACGACUACAGCAAUGUGAUCCGGAGCAUUGUUGCGGAGCCAGGAGCGAUGGACAGACUGAUGACGGAUGACAAGAACAACGGGAAAGCCACGAAGAAGAAGUCCUUCUCUGACCCCAGUCGCCGUGGUGACGGCCCCCUGCUUGAUGAACCAGGGUUCAAAAGUCACCAUCACCCUAAAGAACCAGUCAGUGAGCUGGAUCAGCCUGGUCAGAUCCCGCCCUCCAGCAGUGAGCCAAUCCUGAGUGAGCAGAGAGAUGAGCUGUGGGAGCUCGGAGAUGAAUGUGGACGCCCAUUAAUUAGUCGUCAUGGCAACAAUGAAGGCGGGAAAUUCCGCUCCCAAUCAGAAAGGGAGGUGCACUCCUGUCUCCAUGGUGAUGACACAGACGGAGUGGGAGGAGGGGAGAUAUUGAACUCUGACCUCAAAUUAGCGGAGGUUGUGUCUCCCGGAAUGGGCUGGCGGACCUACAGGAAACGCCCCAACUGGGUCACCCAAUCAGCAUCAGAGGAGCCGGACCACUCGAAACCAGGUUCAGAGGACCAGGAUCAAGACCAGACUGAUCUCACCCCCCCAUUGCCCCCCCCCAGACCCAAAACUAGGUCCAAGCACGUCCGCCACGCCAGCGAACCUGCCACCUUCAUCCCCAUCUUCCCACCUCCACAGCCCCAGCGAGCCCAGGGGAAUCCGCCUUCCCUACCACCCGCCUGUGAACCCUCCAUCCUGGGUAAGCCCACCAGUGAGGAGGCCCCCUCCCUGGAAGAUGUGACCAAGCGGUAUAUUCUGGCCCUGACUGCUCCAGGGGGCGAGAGCGAGCCGUCUGGUUCUGAGUCUGGGUCUAGAGGAACGGUGCCUGUACCAGACGGGUCCAACUCCAGCCCUGCUACUCCCAGUGGUGCCAGAGAACCCAGACUGCAGAGGAAGAGCAGUGAAGAGCUGACCCCACCAGCCCCACAGAGAGCCAAACCCAGAGUGGAUAUGAGAAGACAUGUCAUGAUGACCCUCCUGGACACUGAGCAGUCUUAUGUGGAGUCGCUCCGGACACUCAUACAGGGCUAUAUGCGGCCUCUGAAGCAGCCAGACAGUGGAUCCCUAGUUGAUCCCUCAUUGGUGGAUGAGAUGUUCUAUCAGAUCCCAGAGAUCCUGGAGCACCAUGAGCACUUCCUGGAACAGGUCACCGGCUGCAUUAGCCAAUGGCACGACAGACAGACCGUGGGUCAGUUGCUUAUCCAAUCGUUCUCCAAAGAGAUUCUUGCUAAUAUUUAUUCAGCAUACAUCGAUAACUUUCUGAACGCCAAAGACGCAGUGAGGAUCGCAAAGGAGGCCAAGCCGGCAUUCCUCAAGUUCCUGGAGACCAGUAUGCGUGAGAACAAGGAGAAGCAGGCCCUGGGUGAUCUGAUGAUCAAGCCUGUCCAGAGGAUCCCCCGUUAUGAGCUGCUGGUCAAGGAUCUGUUGAAGCACACUCCUGAGGAACAUCCAGACCACCCGUUGCUAUUGGACGCCCAGAGAGACAUCAAGCGAUUGGCUGAGAAGAUCAAUAAGGGUCGUCGCUCUGCGGAGGAGGUGGAGAGAGAGACACGCGUCAUGCAGGAGAUAGAAGCCCACAUCGAGGGAGUAGAACACGUCAGAGAUAUCCUUAACCCAAUGAGGAAGUUCCUGAGACAGGAGAUGGUGAUGGAGGCGAAGACCGUGGGGGGUAAGAAGGACCGCUCUCUCUUCCUCUUCAGUGAUCUGCUCAUCUGCACCACCCUCAAGAGGAAGUCUGGAUCCCUGAGACGCAGCUCCAUGAGCCUGUACUCUGUUGCCAGUGUGAUCGAUACUUCCAGUAAAUAUAAAUUCCUGUGGAAACUUCCCCUAGAGGACGUGGAGAUGGUGAAAAGCCCCUCCCAGGCAACCAACAAAGAGACCAUCCAGAAGAUGAUUGGUCGACUGGAUGAGGACCUGAGUACACUGGGACAGAUCAGCAAACUAUCAGAGACUCUCAGCUUCCCUCACCAGUCUCUGGAUGAUGUGAUAAAGGACCUGAUGGUGUCAGUCCACAGGGAGCUUGCAGAGAAACAGUCUCUAGCCUUCAGUAUGACCUUCCUGCCCACCAAGCUGGAGCUGACCACCGCCUCGGCAGAAACCAGCUUCGUGUUUGAGUUCAGCUCCCCAGACACACGCAGCAACUUUCAACAGGCCUUCGAAGAUGCCAAGAAGAAACUGGCAAUGAAUAAGGACCAGUGGGACCCAGAGUUCCUGAAGGCUAUCCCCAUUAUGAAGACCCGUAGUGGGAUGCAGUUCUCCUGUGCCUCCCCCAGCCACAGUUGUCCAGAGAGCAGCAGUGAGGUGUGGGUGUGUAACAGUGAUGGUUACGUGGGCCAGGUGUGUCUGCUCAACAUCAGAGACCAGCCCACUGUAGAGGCCUGUAUCGCUGUCUGCUCUGCCAGGAUCAUCUGCAUCGCCGCGGUCCCUGGACUCAAGGGGAGGGAACGUGGAGUGGAGCACUCCCCAGCCCCUCCCCCUGUAGCUGUUGACUCCACCCCAUCCCGGCAGCAGCAGCUACACAUCUCCAUCUCUCAUUCGUCGCUGGAGCUGACCGAGCCCCCUUCAGGGGCGGGGCCAGAGUUAGUUCCAUUUGAUAGUGAUGACACAGACGAUGAAGAUUCUCCUAGCCCCUCCUCCACACUGCAGAGCCAAGCCAGUCACUCUACAGUGUCGUCCAGCUAUGGCAAUGAGGAGGGGUCAGGUUCUAAGGACAUGGCUACAGAGACCACCAGUAGUGAGGAGGAGCAGGACUACCCGGUGGCCAGUCCUUAUGGAGCUCCAGGCAGGCCAGGGGUGGGUGGAAGAGGUCGACCCCACAGCGAGAGCCCCAUGGACGGGAGAGCCAUGCGCCGCUCCUCCCGGGGAUCCUUCACUAGAGCCAGUCUGGAGGAUCUGCUCAGCAUUGACCCGGAGGCUUACCAGAGCUCUGUGUGGCUGGGCACAGAGGACGGAUGUAUCCACGUGUACCAGUCAUCAGACAACAUCCGGAACCGUAAGAACAGCAUGAAGAUGCAGCACUCUGCCCCCAUCCUGUGUGUUCUCUACCUGGACAACAAGGUGUUUGUGUCCCUGGCCAACGGAGAUGUGAUCGUCUACCAGAGGGAGGUGGGGAGUUUCUGGGACGCCCAGUCAUCUCAGACGUUGAGUCUGGGCACGCCCAGUAGUCCUGUCACUAAGAUGGUCCCGGUCGGAGGGAAGCUGUGGUGUGGUUCACAGAACCGCGUUCUCAUCAUCAACACAACCACACUGGUGCAAGAGCACUGGUUCCAGGUGGGCACAGACAGCAGUAGGUGUGUUACCUGCAUGGUGAGCUACGGCCAGGGGGUGUGGCUGGCGCUCCAGGGUAGUGCCCAGAUUAGACUUUACCACGCCCAGACCUGGGAGAGCCUGACAGAGGUGGACGUGGCCCCCGCCGUGCACAAGAUGCUUGCAGGUUCAGAUGCGAUCAUCCGGCAACACAAGGCAGCGUGUCUGAGGAUCACAGCUCUCCUGGCCUGUAAGGACCUGCUGUGGAUCGGGACCAGUGCAGGGGUGGUCCUGACACUGUCUAUCCCAGCCGUCAGCUCUGGGACAGUGUCAGGGACGCUGCGGUCACCUCUGACCCCCAUGGGCUCUGCUCACGGACACACUGGCCAUGUGAGGUUCCUCACCUCCAUAGAACUACCUGAAGGCUUCGACGUCAACUUCCCCCUGCCCGCCGAUACCACAGGCAACCCAGCCCAGAGUGGUGUUGAAGGGGGUAAUGGGGGUCUGCAGAGGCGAGACUCCGCUCGCCGUCGAGCCUCCGCCCUCCUGCCCGUUAAAACCAAUCAGUUGGUGAUCUCCGGUGGCGACGGCUAUGAGGACUUCCGGCUGACCAAUAGCAGUGAGACAGUGGGGCGGGACGACAGUACCAACCACUUACUGCUGUGGAGGGUCUGAGCCAAUCAGGCGGCCCCAUUUAUCAAAACCCACCACUUCAGCACCAGCAACAUACUGCCCUGGAGGAUGUGAGGCUAAGCCCCUUGCCCCGGGUCUGAGCCAAUGAGAGUCCCCCGACCCAUUUAAAACCCACCCUUAGCAAAAACCACACAUAAACCCGGCCCCUCCUCAAACCCCGCCCCCGUUUUUAUGAGAGAGAGAGAGAGAGAGAGAGAGAGAGAGAGAGAGAGAGAGAGAGAGAGAG